CUGUAGUUUUCAUUUUGUAGAGAGUCUGCUUUUUUAUUUUCCCACUGUUGCAAUUUGCAAGUUAUCACACGCAAUAUCAAAGCGGCAUACAGUAUGUGAAUGGUGCAAGCUUUGCUCUCACUGCUAAAAUCUCACACCUGACGGUAGUUGCUGCCACUGCGGUCGAAUUGCAGGUUUUGCCAAAAUUGAGUCGGAAAUGCAAUGGUCAAAGAAGUGGCAGGAUGACAUGCCCAGUGCUCCUACAGUUCUUUGCCUUUCCUAAAUGCUGGGACUCCAAUGCACUUAAUGUUAUGGAAUAUGAAACUGAAUUCUUCUUUCACAUUUUUCCAGUGCUUCAUAUACGAUAAACCAGGCUAUGAUUGUGCCAGAGGAUGGGUGAGAUACAAGAGCAGCUGCUACUACUUUCAGAACUUCACGGGUAAAACCUGGUUGUCCAGCUUGGAAUUCUGCGCAUCCCUGGGAUCUCAGCUUGUUGUGAUUAAUGACAUGAAAGAGCUGCAUUUCCUACAAAGUGAGAUUGAAGAACAAGUGGUGUGGAUAGGAGUCACUUGGAACAGAAACAUGAAUUGGACAUGGCUGAACAACAGCACUAAUGAUGUUCUGUUCUCAUUCAAGUUGGUGGAAACUCCUAGCAGAACCUGUGUCUAUCUUUCCAAGCUAAAAGCAAAGAAAAUGUCAUGCAUGAUCUUACUUAAUUGGAUUUGUAAGAAACAGGUUUAACUUCAAAAUAUUCUAUUUUCAUACUUUUGUUUUAACUGGUGAUUAAAUAAAUGUGUUCUUGGCUUACAGUAAAAAUAAAGCUACUGGACCCACUUUUAUGUAAACACAAGUAAAUACAGAGUGAAUUCUUCAAAUCUGUGUGAACUUCGGGCUCGUUGACUGUCAGGCAGCCUGUUCUUGUCAGCACAGUUCUACAUCCACCCCACUUGGAUAUACAGUAGGAGUUAAUACUAAGUAAUCAAUCCAUGGAGGUGAUAUAUGGGGUUAGGGAAUUCAAAGCAGUGCUUAUGAAGGAAAACAACAUUGUGAUGUUACUUUAAUACCCAUUAACCAUUUUAUGCACUUGCAUUUUGUGCCAUGGCAGGGCCCUGAGAGUCACAGAGCUAACACGUGAAGUUCACAUGAAGUGAUUUAAUUUUUGAAUAGAUUUUAAUUUAACUAUUCUAGGGUAUUUUUGUUAAUUGAAUGAACUAAGACUGGUACCCAAUAUCUUUUUCAGUUGGAGAGCUGUUUCCUCCAGGGAAUCUUCACACACAUGUUGUUUACCCUUUGUAUUAUUUGACAGAUACUGUAUUACAUAUCUAUAAUCUUCUUCUGUCUGCCGACUGGCCGACCAACUACAAGCAUUACAAGCAUUACCUGGUA